AAAAUUGUGUUUUUUAUUAUUUGUUUUUGAUUAAAUCACAUUUCAGUUAUUGUCAGUACUUUAAGUAACAAUAAUCAAAUACAUAAGUUUGACGGGCCUCAAUCCAUCUAUACGAACAAAAUUUAAUCACAACCGUCAGAUCUAAAGUACAGCAAAGCUAAGAAAAAUCCAAACAAGGUCACAAGAAAACAAACAUAGGCUAGACCACAGGAGAUCCAACCCACUCUGAACAGAGGUACCGUAGACACGAUAAUCGAGUCACGCGUCAAUUCGGCCAUUAAUGUGUCACAGCUGUAGAAAAACCCAACCUUUAUCUCCUUCCUCCAUGUGAUCACUCUCUCUCUCUCUGCCAUAGAUCUUGGGCUUAAAGCUCAAAACCCUCAAUACCCAUUUGUUUCCCCUUGUUCUCUUCUUCUUAAAUGGCUGCUCUCAAGUUUCCGGUAGUGCUCUGUUUCGCCAUCGCCGCCGUAGUUUUGUUAUUCUCCGUCGAGGCCCAACUCGACGACACGAGCUUGAAGCUACUGACCGAUGCAUUCGAGUGGCCGACGACAAUGUCUCUCUACGACGAGUUAGCCGAGGCAGAAGACGGCACCGGCGAAGACGAUGGGUUCGUGGACCGUAGAUCUCUGUUCUGGAGGAACACCCACUACUACAUUUCGUACGGAGCAUUAUCGGCGAACAGAAUCCCGUGUCCACCACGCUCCGGUAGGUCUUACUACACCCAUAACUGCUUCAAAGCUAGAGGCCCAGUUCACCCUUACUCUAGAGGCUGUUCCUCAAUCAGCCGUUGCCGCCGCUGAUUAAGGUUUCGGGUCGGGUUUUGGAAACUCUUUGGUUGAGUUUUUUUGGUUACGUGGCAUCGUUUUAUUGGUUCAAGUGGACUCUUUUUUAAUGGUUCAAGUGUAUUUGGAUUUAAAUUAUGUGUUCACUCAUUAAUGUUAUGUUAAUGAGAAUAUAAUUCAUGUUCUUAUUAUAUCUUCUAGUUUUUUUUUUGUUAUAUAAUAUGUAUAUUAAUAUAUUUGCUGCCUAGAUUGAUGCAUUAUAGAUUUCAAUUUCAUGAGUUGUUUUAUUGUUUAUUGUCCCUAAUUAAGUUGUCUUUUUGCAA